AAGUUGAUAUAUUUUUAAAUAAACUUGCAGUUAAUCCAACUAGAGGUUUAUUUUAUAUUUUUUUCUGUGUAGAAUUAUUAAGACGUAAAUUAAUGAUUGUCGGCUUAAAUAUUAUAGAUAAGUUAAAGUUUUUGGGUGUUCAAAAUUCAAAACCGCUUGCAAAAGUUCUAACCUAUUAAAGUUUAUUUUGAGAAAAUGUCUCGGCACGUGCAAAAUACCGAUCCUUCCGUGUUAGAAAGAAGACUACGGCCUAUUUAUGAUUGGCUGGAUUCAGGAAAUAAUAAAAAAGCACUGCAGGAAUGUGAGAAAGUAUUGAAGAAGACCCCGAAUCUUCAUUGUGCAAAAGCAUUAAAAGCUUUAACAUUACAUAGGAUGGGAAGGGAACAGGAAACUAAUGUGAUUUUAGACAAUCUUGCUAGUGAAGUACCUACAGAGGAAGCCACUUUACAGGCAAUGGCAUUAUGUUAUCGGGAAAUGCAACAAGUUGAGAAAAUCAGUAAGCUUUAUGAAACAGCAGUUAAACUGAACCCAACCAAUGAAGAAUUACAUACCCAUUUAUUUAUGACCUAUGUUAGGAUUGGCAAUUUCAAAGCACAGCAACAAAGUGCUAUGGCUCUAUAUAAACAAAAACCAAAAAAUCCAUAUUAUUGUUGGAUCGUAAUGAGUAUUAUACUUCAAGCCAGAAGAGGCGAGGGAGCUAAUGAUGAGAAAAAAAGAAAAGUGCUGCUAAAUCUCGCAGAGAGAAUGAUGGAAAAAUUAGUGAAUGAUAAUAAGAUGGAAGCCGAACAAGAGGUCCAGUUGUAUAUUAUGGUUUUAGAAAUGCAAUUAGAAUAUGAAAAAAUUCUGGACCUAGUAGAUGGUCCGUUGGGUGAAAAAUUGCAAUGUUCAGAUUUGUCUAUUUUAAAACUACUAUAUUUAAAAAAGCUACAGAGAUGGCAACAAGUGAACUCAUUAUGUAAAAUUAUAUUAAGCGAUAAUUUUGAUAAAUGGAAUGUAUGGAAAACCUAUAUUGCUUCUGUUUUUGAUUUAUAUGAAACGGGUGUUAAUGGCAAUGGACCCAGCGACGUAGAGAAUGAUGUGGAUAGUUUCGACAAUACACCCGAAAAAUGUCAUGAAUUUAUUUGUGGCAUUAUAGAAGAUGGUGCAGAAAACAGUUUUUUGUUAAGGGCUCCAUAUUUAGCUAGAUUUGAAUUGUGUUCUAAACUCCAAGAAAAGAAUAUCAAGACUGAAGAUAUUUUGGGUGAUAAAAUAGAAUUAUUCAUUGAGUAUUUUAGGAAGUUUGGACACAAAUCCUGUUGCGUUUUUGACUUAAAAAUUUAUUUAAAAGUGCUCGAUGCAGAACAGAAGUCGGAGCUGGCGACAAAAUUAAUCAAAGAAGUGGGAAUUGGAUCAACUAGUGUCCCGCAGUCUGCCGAUCAAAUGCAAAGUCAUAUAGGAGCACUUCAACUGGCCCGCCUAAGCGGGGGACAUCGGAAUUUAUCCACAGAACACCUUAGAGCCCUUGUUACCGCCUUAACCCUACAUUAUCAACACGGGUACCAAUCGUAUGGCAAGGACUUGCCAUCAACCGAUCUUGGGCCUUCAGAUAACUACGCCAUAAUGGCGGCGCAUAUUCUAUUCGAUUUGUCGAAAAAGGAAGACGGUUCUGAUUCUUUGAUUUCAGCAUUGGCAUUGCUGGAGAGUUUCCUGACGAAUUCUCCCAGUAAUUUUCAUGCUAAACUCCUGGCUCUGAAAUAUUAUCAUAUUUUAGGAGCUGUAAUGGAAGCAAAUAGUCUAUACUAUCUAUUGGAUAUAAAGCAUCUACAACUGGAUUCAUUAGGGUAUGUUCAUUGUGGACGUUUGGCAACUACAGGCCUGUACUCCUUGUGUGCAAUACAUUUUGAUACCACGUUGAAAUUUUUCUCUUCAAAUUACAAAGAUAGUACAGAUCAUUUGACGUUUUCCUACAAGUUCGGAUCAUUCAUGAAACUAGACGAAUUUAUGGACUUCCGGGAAAAACUUAACAAUAGUUUGCACUAUACCACUACUGUAGUUGAUAGGAUAGUUUUAAGUCUAGUCGAUUGUUCUACUUUAGACGGAAUAUACAAUGUUGACAUAUCUUUUAAGGAAAACAAAAUCGAAUGGGAUAAGUUAAGGGAUAAUCGAGAUCUUAGUGUGUACGUGAAUUGGGAACCAGAGUUUGCCGAAAAUGUGUUGGAGGAAUCUGAUGAAAUCAAGACGCUUUUUGCUCAGGAUCUCAAUUUCUUGAAAUUGAGAACGCACAUACUCUGGUCUUUGAGUGCUGGACUCGAGGUUUUGAGGUCAGUUGAUGGUACAAGGCAGCAAAAUAUUGCGAGUAUGAGACAAAUUCUUAAAGACUGGGAAGAUUUAGAAAAUAAUGUUAAGAAAUGUGAUUUAACGCCUAUUAGUGAGGAUUCAGUUUCGUAUCCACUUCCAUCCCGAUUGCACGCCUUUUUGGACACCCCAUUUCGACCUAUAGUAACGCUGUUUUUAAGCUUUUUCGAGUUUUUAACUCUCGACAAUUCGGAUGAGAUCGAAAAAGCCAGUAAAGCGACACAGGAGGAAUUGAGUAGAUUAACUGAAACCCUUGAAAAGAAAUUGAAUACGAAAUCGUCCGAUUUUAGAGAGAAAAGGAAAGGUGUCGAGAGGAUAGUCAAUACUGUUGAGGCACUUUGUAUUGCUUGCGUGAUGUGCCUCAUGUGCAACGAACUAGUGAAACCUCCUCCGCAAGGCAAAAAGGCGAAAAAGAAAAACCCGAUCGAAUCUAAACUGAAAUGCCACUUGGACCUGAUCAUAAACGAAAUUAAAACUCAAAUAAACAAAACUAGUGGCUUGGUAAAUGGAUUGUGCGGGGAAACGGACAACAGGGACUUGGUUACGAUUUUGGACUCUUUGAAUCUGAACACCGACUGUGCCACGAUCCGUAAAAACAUUCUGUUGAGUUAUCGCAAAACGCGUAACGAAAUUCAAGACGUGCUCAAGAGUAAACUCAAGUGUCUUGACAGUUUGUAGGCGAAAUAAAUUAGUGUGAGUGUGCGUUUGCCAUAGUUUUACAGUUGCGGGCGGUGGUGUAUCCUUCCGGCUUUUAUAUGUGUCAAGUAAUUACCUUAGGUUUUCAAUAUGCUGCUGUUAAAGAGAUGAAAGAAGUGUGGAAAAUCUUAUUAAUGGACGGAGUACAAAUAAAAUUGUUUUUGAGCCAUUACUGCUUCCAGUCCAUUGACAAUAAAGAAUAAUAAUUAUCUAUAGUUCUUCUAAUAGAACAUUUCUCAUCAUGUCAUGUCUUGAAUAAAAAUAAGGUGAUAUAGUCUGUACAAUUAUCGUUUAAUGUUAUUUCAUCAUUAUUUAGUCAAUAUUUGUUUUAAAGGCUCUGUUUAUAUUGUCCAGAAAAUUUCAAGUAUGUUCCGAAAUUUGUAAUUGAGCGCGUUCUGAUUUUAAUAACUUCAAGUAGGUAUUUUUGAAACGUUAUUUAUUUUGGUUCUGUUUCAAUAGAUUAUAUUAAACAUACAUACAAGGGUUGUCUUCUAUGGUUUGCAUAUAGAGGUAGAAAAAAAGUAGAUAACUUUAAGACACUAUUGUGUUUAUAGAGAAAUACAUUUUUGCAUCUUGGAGCCAAUUCUGAAAGCAGUUAUGCCUCUCACUUGUUACCUUCAAAAUUCCGUUUUUGAAGGAGCUGAUUGCAUCUUUUGGGGACUGGAACCUUUGACCACGGAGUUCAUUCUUAAUUUUUGGAAAAGUAAAAAACCUUAGGACUUAGGUAGGGACUGUAUAGAGGGGGGUCCGACAAUUCGAUGUUUUCUUGCUUUAAAAACUCAAUUGUUUUUCAAAUUGUGCGGGAACUUGCAUUAUCUUGGAGCACCAUUCGUCGUUGAGGGUUGGUUUUCUGGCAAACAAAUAUAUAUGUACCAAUCGGCAGUAACAGUUCUUUGAUUUUGCAGAGGAAUUCUUGUUACAUGACCCGCUUUUUUUGAGACAAGUGUCGCCACCAUCUUUUUGGAAACACUUCGAGAACGGAUAACUUUCGUCGGAUUUGGUUCAUCUCAAAACACCGUCAAAACACCCAAACAGCCGAUUAACGUAUAUUUUCUGGUUCAUAAGAGUAAAUCAAGGAUUCAUCACCAUUGACAAAACAGUGUAUGUAUUUUUUGAUUUUUCUGCAUGUUUUUUUAUACCAAUGGACUCUAAUUGCUUUCUGUUCUUCCACCAACAGAUGCGGUAUCCAACGAGAAACUAUUUUUUUACAGAUCUUCAUGUAAAAUUUUUUGAAUUGAGUUCUUUGAAAUGCCCAAUGCCAACAUGUUGAUCUUCUUGGAUCAACCUACAUACAGCAUUGACGUUUUCCAGGGUGACUACCGUUGUUGGUGGACCUGUUCUUGGAUCUUCGCUAAGACUAGUCCACGUUUCAAUUCUCCAUACCAACGAGAAAUCGUCGAUUAUUGUGGUGCUUCAUGUGGUCUAAAACUUUGGUGUUAACUAAAUAUGACAGUUAAUUUUGACAUUUGAAUAUGUUGACAGACGCCUACUAUGUAUAUGCAAAAUAUAAAAGACAAUCUUCAUACCAGUUUUAGUAAUAUAUAUUUUUUUUAAUAUUUUAUGUAACAAACGGAUAUGAAUUUUCUUUGUUAAUUAGAAUCAUAACCACAAAUGUUAAAUGAAGGCUACUAGAGACAAUACUGAUUUAUGAAAUGCCAUAAUUACAUAAAUGUAAAAGUCAUAUCAGUAAAAGAAAACAAGUCUUUAUUCAAAAGUAAAAAACCUGUUUAUAACUUUCUAGACAAGUUGUAUUUUUAUUGUCUAUUAAUUUUUUUAAAGUCCAUUUGUUUUUAUUUGUCAAUGGUUUGGAUUCAGGGCCACUUGCACGUAAAAUCACUUUUUUGCUUUAUUACUUUUAACUAGAUUUUUUCUUUUAAAUCAGUUUUCGGUUUUACUGUACUUCAGUCUAAGAAUUAUUUGAAAAUUUACUCCCAGUAAGUACUCAAAAGAGUUAUUUAUUCAUAUCCCCAUGUUAUUUUCCAGCAAUAUGUAAAAACUAUUUUAGGGAGUUUUUAUACAUUACUAAUACAAUAUGAUCUAAAAAAAAACGGCGUCAGCGACGGCUAUGAAAAAAUGAAAAAUCGCCGUCAUUUUAUGUGUAAAAUUAUAUGGGAAAUGUCAUCGGCGCCUUUUUUUUUAUACAAUAUUAUACAUCAAAUAGAUCAUUUAUUGAUUUUUAAUUUUUUGGACAAACCAAAAUUUAAAGUUAACAUAUCAGAUGUAAAUAUUAUUCGUCAUAUUAUACUUAAUUAUUAUGAGUGCCAUUCUGUAACAUCUUCAAAGUAAUAAAAGAAAAAGAUAAUAUGAACCGUGAUUUUUCAUAUCUAUUUUAUGCAUAUCUUCAUACCUAUUUUAAAGAAACAUUCAUAAAUGCAUGGUGUACGAUCCUAAGAACAUUUUAUUCAUAUAUAGAUUUGGUGCGAUAGAAGCGUGGUUUGGAUUUUAAUAUGUAACAGAGAUGGAAGACAGACAUAUUAAAAAGAGAAAAAACUUGGGUUGAUACAUUCCUUCUAUUUGGUAUUGCCAGAUCUUGCUUCAAAAUUUCAAACCGCUCAAGUUAGCGUUUACGGAAAAUGUCGUUUCUAGGGUUGUAUCUAUAAUUUCCACAAUUAGUUACUCAUUUAACUACAACCGUAAUAGAUGGCGUAAUUAAGCCUCGGUCUGAGACAACUACAAAAACAAUCGUAGUUGUUAGUUUUGUAACCAAAGUCAAAAUUUACAGCUGUUUGAAUCUAGUACAAAUUGUGUUGGUUCUAUGGCGUGUAGCCCAUCACACUGUGUAGUUUUAGAGCGAAGCUUUACACCUUAAAAUGUGAUAACUGGCACUAUUUCUGAACUAAUAAUGGACAAACCAAUGAAUAUUUAUUUCUAUGGUAAAGAGUGGCCGCAGAUAAUUUGUUACAAGUUUUCAAGAAUUGAUUAUUAUUAUUUAAUAAUAAUAAUCUAGCUAUUUAGCUUAGAUAUAUUAUCUUCGUUUAUUAUGGUAUUUCACGUACGGACCGGCAACACUGUAUGCCGCUUUUUAUUUUUUCUCUGUUUGUCAACUAGUCAUAUAUAUUUUUCAUAUUAUAUCUCUGACAUAUGCAUUAAAAUACAGACCAUGAAAAUAAAGUGACCAAAAUCAUAUUUCUACACAGUGUGAAAUUAAAAAAAAAUACUUUUUCGAAUUAGGAAAGCUUCUAUUAAAACGUUCCCUGUUAAUGACUGCUGUAAAAAUUUUAUUUAUUUUCUUACAUUUGGCCUUUUUACAUUUUUUUACCUGAAAACAUAGUUGUUGACAGCGACAGUUCUUGUCUGUUGUUUUAAUUCACAGUUAUAUUAUGUUUUGAAUGUCGUCUCUUGAUAUCUCCCGGACUCGUUGGACAACCCUUAUCCUACUUUUUAGAAAGAUAUCUUCAUUCAUAUGUUAAAAUGUUCUUAGAGGUCGUGACUUACGGCAUCUUUUAAAUUUAAAUACAUACUUGGCAUUUAUAAAUCAAGGUUUAGCAAAAAUUAUCGAAUUUUAAUUGGUUAAUGGAGAACAAAUUACACACGGGAAUUGAUUAGAGCAUUCCAGCAGUCAAUCUCCAUUAGCAAGUAUUAGAAGAGGGCUAAAGUGGUAAUUGUAAUUUUCCAUAAUGUGAUUAUCAUGUGAUCUAUUUACGGGCUAAGCCUAAAUGAGUUUUUCAUAGAUGUCACAAUUUUCUAGGUAGAUAAGGUUUACAACAACUUAGAUAAUUUGUAUAAUUAAUUAAUACCAUGUUUUACCAGUGCUGCUUAUUUAUUUACAAAAUUAUUCUGGCUGGUUUAAGCUUCAGUCAUUAGCUUUAGAUUAGUAAUAAUAAAACUACUUAUAAAUAUAUUUAUAAUUUUAUUUUUUAAUAAUUAAAUGUGGUACGCCACUGGAAAAUUAGAUUUUUUAUAUGCCUAUUUUAUAAAUACAUGAAAACAAGUCUGAAAUCAGAGUUUACUCUAAUCGCGUAGUAUAGCCUAGACAACUUGACGCCGCGCGCCGUUUACAAAGCAGUUUUUUUAUUUUACACAUGGAAAGUUGAAAAAACAUAUUUUCAUGAAAAUGACAGAAGCAUAAACUGGCCCUCAUUUGUUUCUCUAGAAUUGUAGGUUAUGUAUACCCUCUAUAGGCAAUUGUAUUAAAUGUAACUGUUAAUUACGAUUUGUACAUGUAUGUAAGACACUGUGACUCUAAUUUUGCUUGUUUGGUAGGAUUACUACCGCUGCAAUACUUUUGUAAAUAAUAAUUUAAUAAAUUAGUUUUUUUCUA